GGUGUUUGGUCGGUUUUGUUCUCCUCCUGUGCUGUGAGUGUAACAAAUUUUUCACUGCGAAAUUACAAAAAUCUGACAACGCACAUAAGUGUAGGGUGUGUGUAAUAGAAAAUUGCAAACCAGCAAAAGAAGGCAUUUAUAUAACCUAAUCAGGUUCGCUCGAGCGAGCUGGUGCACUAUAGAAGGAGGAAAGCUGUGAUUAGAUUGUGUAUUGCGUUUUGCGCUGCUCGAGAAUCUCAUCGAACAAGGAGAUGUGCUCUGCUUCUGCUGCUGCAGCGGUCAAGGUUUAACAUUGUGUGCUGGUCUAGAAAAGUAUUUACAGCCGAUUAGAUUAUCUUUCUUCAUACACAACUCAAACCAGCGGACAGAAGAAGGUGGUUGUUUUUGAUUAGCUACACAACACGGUACGUACGCAGUGGUGCAUCUAUAUAGUUUUUCGCAGUCCGUUUUGGGGCUUCCAGUGCUAGCUCUAGAGCUAACAAACGAUACAGAAAAGACGAUCGUCAACUUCGAACGCUUGGCUUAUCUGCUGGUUGCUGUUAAACUACGUCGAUAGAACGGUAGGCGGCUGAGUUCCUUCGAGUGGACACGAGUAAUACGCAGCUUAUCAUGGUGGAGCCGAUUUUCGACUAUCAAUUUAGGCACAUUCUAAUCGGGGACAGUACGGUGGGAAAGUCUUCGCUGCUAAAAUAUUUUACGGAUGGCAAAUUUGCAGAGUUGUCCGAUCCGACGGUCGGCGUGGACUUCUUCGCCCAUCUGAUCGAAGUGAAGGACGGUACCCGCAUCAAGCUGCAGCUUUGGGAUACGGCCGGUCAGGAGCGGUUCCGUUCGAUUACCAAAUCCUACUACCGGAACUCGGUCGGGGUGCUGCUGGUGUACGACAUCACCAACCAUGCCAGCUUCGAGCACAUUCCACUGUGGAUGAUGGAAGCGAAACGGCACAUCGAACCGCACCGGCCCGUUUUUGCGCUGGUAGGCUGCAAGCUCGACCUAGUCCACAGUGGCGUCCAGAAGCGAGAGGUUAGCGUGGAGGAAGCCCGUUCCUUUGCCGAGCAGCAUGGACUGAUCUUCGUCGAAACGUCGGCCCGAACCGGCGUCAACGUUCGGGAGGCGUUUUUCCUCGUCACCCAGGAGGUGUACAACCGGAUCCAGUCCGGUGAGUAUAAGGUCGAGGACGGUUGGGAUGGCAUCAAGAAGGGCUUCCCCAGACCGAGCAAUCUGGACUUCAAUCUGGUGAUAGCGGAAUCGGCACGAAGCUCGUGCUGCUAAACGGGAAUGUUCUCAGCCAGUGGUUAAAAUAAUUAUAUUCGAAGUUCGAUUCGUCGUUUCGCGACCAUGUUCAAUUUGACUCAUGCGACAGAUUACGUAGACUUGGGCAGCAAUAAUGGCCCUUUACUGAAUUGGGAGGAUUUCUGUGUUUUGGAGGAAUGAACGCGAGCUGCCGUUUCAUUUUUAUUUAAAGGCAAAAUUGUGAUACAUUGGAAUGAACAGAUCUGGAUCGGUAGUGGAAAAUAUGAAUAGGGACAGGAGAUUAUUCGUUUCAAUCUGUUUUACUUUUUACACAAUUUGGCACAAUUUUUUAACUUCUUAGUUUUGUUAUUUUUUUUUUUUGGAAAUUGUUUUUAUGGUGCUUCUAUUUGUUUUGUGGGUUCAUUUGUGACUGAAUAGUUGCAUUGCUUUACGAUGUAAAAUUUUAACUUUGGUGCUUUUAUUUUUUUUAAUCCUGUGAGAACUGAGUCCGAUUUAUUUUUCGUCAAAACAAACGAACAGUUUGAGCUAGUUAUUGUUCUUCUUUUUUAUAGAAGUCAGUUUUAAAACCGAAACAACCAAAAGAAAAAUUUACGAACACAUUUUUAUAUGUAUAUAGUAUACUAAUUACUAAUUUAGCAAUGUAGUCAAAAAACAAAAUGAUAAAAAAAAAACUACUGUAAGAAGA